AUUCAUGUCCAGAAAUUUCUUUUAAAAUUUGUGUUUAUAGCUGGUUAGCUAAGCUGCAGCUUGCAAAAUCAAAUCGCAAACCAUCUUCAACAUGCUUGGACUGUCAAAAAUUUCUAGAAAUGUUUUAUCUAGCGUUUCUCAUGGGAACGUGUUACGAAAUAUUGCAAAAUACCGCCAUGGAUUUCGUUUGGAAAAACUACAAACAGAUUUUCUUCAAAGAACCUAUGCCUCUGGUGCAGUGAAAGGUCAUGUAAUUGGCAUUGAUUUAGGUACGACAAACUCAUGUGUAUCUGUUAUGGAGGGAUCCUCCCCAAAAGUGAUCGAAAACUCUGAAGGAGUUCGUACUACUCCAUCAGUUAUUGCGUUUCUACCCGAUGGUGAAAGAUUAGUUGGUGCACCAGCUAAAAGACAGGCUGUUACUAAUUCUGAAAACACACUAUAUGCUACAAAAAGAUAUAUUGGACGCAGAUUUGAUGACAAAGAAGUUCAAAAAGAUAUUAAAAAUGUGCCAUACAAACUUGUCAAAGCAUCAAAUGGUGACGUGUGGUUUGAAGCCCAGGGAAAGCGUUACUCUCCUAGUCAACUUGGUGCAUUCACCCUGAUGAAAAUGAAAGAAACUGCUGAAAGUUACUUGGGGACGUCAGUUAGCAAUGCUGUUGUGACGGUACCUGCAUAUUUUAAUGACUCACAAAGACAGGCCACCAAAGAUGCAGGUCAAAUUUCAGGGUUGAAUGUUUUGCGUGUCAUUAACGAGCCGACAGCUGCUGCACUUGCAUUUGGAAUGGAAAGAAGUGAUGAUAAAUUAAUAGCUGUUUAUGAUUUGGGAGGUGGAACGUUUGAUAUUUCUGUUUUGGAAAUUCAAAAAGGUGUGUUUGAAGUGAAGUCAACAAAUGGAGACACAUAUCUUGGUGGAGAGGAUUUUGAUAUGGCUUUAUUGGAAUAUUUGGUGAAAGAAUUUAAAAAGGAUAGUGGCAUCGACAUCAAGAAAGAUAACAUGGCAUUGCAACGUUUGCGUGAAGCUGCAGAGAAGGCAAAAUGUGAGCUUUCAUCAGCACAACAAACCGACAUCAAUUUACCGUACUUAACAAUGGACGCUUCCGGACCAAAACACAUGAACCUUAAGCUAACACGAUCUAAGUUUGAACAGCUAGUUAACCCGCUCAUCCAAAGAACUGUUGAGCCAUGCAAAAAAGCCAUCAAAGAUGCAGGUGUUAGUGCAAGUGAAAUUGGAGAUGUGUUAUUAGUUGGUGGAAUGUCACGUAUGCCUAAGGUUCAAUCUACUGUUCAAGAAAUAUUUGGAAGAGCACCCAGUAAAGCUGUUAAUCCUGAUGAAGCUGUUGCCAUUGGAGCUGCAAUUCAAGGAGGCGUUUUGGCCGGUGAAGUGAAAGAUAUUCUCUUGUUGGAUGUCACACCUUUGUCGCUUGGAAUUGAAACUUUGGGUGGAGUUAUGACUAAACUGAUUAAUCGAAACACGACUAUUCCUACGAAAAAAAGUCAAGUAUUCUCCACCGCUGCUGAUGGACAGACUCAGGUCGAAAUCAAAGUACACCAAGGUGAACGAGAGAUGGCUAACGACAACAAAAUGUUAGGACAGUUUUCUUUGGUUGGUAUUCCUCCCGCACCACGUGGUGUACCGCAAGUGGAGGUGACAUUUGAUAUCGAUGCAAAUGGUAUAGUGAACGUGUCAGCGCGAGACAAGGGAACUGGAAAAGAACAACAAAUUGUUAUACAGUCCAGUGGUGGUCUCAGUAAAGACGAUAUCGAAAAUAUGGUGAGACAAGCUGAACAAUUUGCUGAAUCAGAUAAGAAGAAAAAAGAAAUAGUCGAAACUGUAAACCAAGCUGAAAGUGCCAUACAUGAUAUUGAAAGUAAAAUGGACGAAUUUAAAGAUCAGCUGCCUGGAGAGGAGGUGGAAGAGUUGAAAAAAGAAGUUGAAAAAGUUCGAGAAAUUUUGGCGAAAAAGGAUGAUUUAGAAUCCGCAGACGAAUUAAGAGAAUCUUUCCAACAUCUUCAGCAAAAGUCUCUUAAAUUAUUCGAGAUGGCAUAUAAGAAGAUGGCUGCUGACAGAGAAAGUUCUGGUUCAAGUUCAGAUUCCAACACUUCAGACUCUAGCACUUCAGAUUCUUCAGAAUCUUCCGAAAAACAAUCGCAAAACUAACGAACGGAGAAACGUUUAAUAAAAAUUCCUAAAGAGCAGGAGAGAAUCACUAAUAGACGGACAUGUUAUGAUUGUUAGGGCGGUAUAACAAAAUCACGCCCGCCAUCCCUAAGAAAGAAAAAUGCAAUUCUCCGGAAUACAAUUUUAGUUCACUUUUGUAUCAUAUCAAUUAUUCGAUUGAAAUAGUUUUUCGUUGCGUGUACAAUAAAUUUUGUCUACAAAUAAAA